AUAUAAUAUUGUUUUUGUACUUCCGGUUACUCAGUCUAUUUUGAACAAGUUGAUUAAAGUUUAAGACCUUAGUGCUCCAAAUGGCAAAAGAAACAAACGAACUUUCAAGCAACAUUGAUUUUACUCCAUCUGUUCUUGGAACUAAGUCAUAUUGGGAUUCUACAUACGAUCGUGAAUUAAAAACCUACAAAGACAUUGGAGAUGUUGGUGAAAUAUGGUUUGGAGAAGACCGUCAGAAUCGUGUGGUGGACUGGAUAGAACAAAGUUCUGUACAGAUGUCAGAUCCAGUUAUUGACCUAGGUUGUGGAAAUGGAAUUAUUCUUACUGAGAUGAGAAGACUGGGUUUUACUGACCUGACAGGUGUUGACUAUUCACAGGGGGCCAUUGAUCUUGCAGUGCAAAUUGCAAAUGCCGAAGGCUUUCCCGAUAUUAAAUAUCAGGUGGUAGAUAUACUGUCGGACAUCAAUACUGGGUGUCCCACUUGUUUGAGUAGACAGUACAAAGUGUGUAUUGACAAGGGCACAUAUGACGCCAUCUGCUUAAUGCCGGAUGGUGCCGACAAGGGCAGACAGUUCUACAAGAGAAAUGUGAAAUCAUUACUGCAAAACGAUGGACUCCUUGUGAUCACUUCAUGUAACUGGACAAAGGAUCAGCUGGUGUUAUUUUUUGAAACAGAUUUUGAACUUUUUGAUGAAAUCAAAACUCCCUCUUUUCAAUUUGGGGGCAAGACUGGAAACACAGUGACAUCUUUAAUAUUCAAAAGAAAAUGACAAUAUUUUAUAGUUAUUUGCAAAAUAAAAGUCUGUAUCAGG